AUGGACCUCCCAGAAGGCCAGGGAGGUGGCCCUGCUGCAGAAAUGUACUUCUGGGAGCAGCCUGAGGAGGAGAAGCGGGGGACGCUGCUCAGCUUAGAGGAACAAAUCCUCAACUCCACGUUUGAAGCUUGUGACCCUCAGAGGACAGGCAUUGUGGCUGUGACCCAUGUGCUGUCCUACCUGGAGGCUGUGACAGGCCGCGGGCCCCAGGAUGCACGCCUCCAAACACUGGCCCACAGCCUGGACCCCAAUGGGGAUGGCCCUCAGGCCAGGGUGGACUUGGAUACUUUCCUGGUUGUCAUGAGGGACUGGAUCGCUGCCUGUCAGCUGCAUGGGGGAUUAGAGCUGGAAGAGGAGACCGCCUUGGAGGGAGCCCUGACCUCCCAGCAACUGCCAUCUGGAUGCCCAGAAGCUGAGGAGCCAGGCAACCUGGAGAGCUUCGGAGGCGAAGAUCCCAGACCUGAGCUGCCUGCCACAGCUGACCUGUUGAGCAGCCUGGAGGACCUGGAGCUCAGCAACCGACGUUUGGCAGGGGAGAAUGCCAAACUCCAACGAAGCGUGGAAACAGCAGAAGAGGGUUCAGCACGCCUUGGGGAGGAGAUACUGGCCCUGCGCAAACAGCUUCGCAGUACCCAGCAGGCACUGCAGUUUGCCAAGGCUGUGGAUGAGGAGCUGGAGGACCUGAAGACUUUGGCCAAGAGCCUGGAGGAACAGAAUCGCAACCUUCUGGCCCAGGCCCGGCAGACAGAAAAGGAACAGCAGCAUCUGGUGGCUGAGAUGGAGACUCUGCAGGAGGAGAAUGGGAAGCUUCUAGCCGAACGGGAUGGAGUGAAGAAGAGGAGUGAGGAGCUGGCCACGGAGAAGGAUACUUUGAAGAGGCAGCUCUGUGAGUGUGAACGCCUCAUUUGCCAGCGAGAUGCCAUCCUGUCUGAGCGCACUCACCAUGCAGAGAGCCUGGCCAAGACGCUGGAGGAGUACAGAAUGAUGACUCAGGAACUGAGGCUGGAGAUCUCAUGCCUAGAAGAGCAGCUGAGUCAGAGCCAUGAGGGGCAGGAUGAACUAUCUGAAGAAGUCCAGGCAAGAAGAGUAGGCUGGACCAAUCUGCUACCCCCAUCGCUGGGCUUGGAGAUCAAGGCCAUUCAACAGAAACAAGAAGCAGCAGCUACUGAUCUCUCCAGUCCUCUGUGUGGAGUAUGGCAGUGGAAGGAAGACAUCAAUGAACUUGAUGAGGAAGCUGAAUUUCCACCUGAAUCCACAGCUAGAGAACAAGGAAACUUCCAGGGAGAGCUGGCAAACCCUGGAGAAGGAAGGAAGGAACUGUCAAUGUGGUUACCCAGAAGAGAGGAGGAAGAUGAAGCAGAUAGCAGCCAGACAGCUGAUCCUCCCAUUCCUCUGGGAGACCCUCAUCCUACAGACAUCCCAGGAUGCCCUCCUGAGAGCCUUUCCCAGCCAGAACUCCAGCAAGCUCUGGUGCCUGUCAUGAAAGAACUGGUCCCAGUCAGGAGAAGGCCCUGGAGUCAGCUCUGCCUGCCUCCACAGCAACUCAGGGUCACUCGGCACCCACUGAUCCCAGGCCCGGUCAUGGCCCUGCUGCUGCUGUUGCUGAUCUCCAUCCUACUGCUGGGCCAGUCCCCACCCCCCACCUGGCCCCACCUCCAGCUCUACUACCUCCAGCCCCCACCAGUGUGA